AUGAAUGUCUGGUCAGGAUCCAUCACAACAAAUUCGGACUGGAACCUAGAAGGGAUUCGUUUAAUUGAUCCAAAUUCCCACUGGCAGUCCGAACUAUCAAAAGACUCUCAGCUAAGCCUCCGAAGCUUUGUCAACCCAGCGCUCAUCCCACUCCAUGCACGCGCAGGUCCAAACCUCGAACUACACACAAACCAUGCGGGAACGUCACAAUGGCUCAAGGACAAGCUUACUGGCUCAAUCUGGCUGAACAAAGAAGACCCAACCCUUCAGCAAUCUCUACAAUGCCCAGUCGGCCUGCUGGUCAGCGUCGACGGCAAUACAAAAACAGGCGGCGCAGCCACAACAAACCUCCUUGUCUACGGCGUAUUGGGCAGCGCAACGUACGCACGCCCACCUACACCACCACACUCUUCCCCUUCAGAUCUUCCAGACCCAACAGCCACAUCACCUCGUGCACCAUAUGAACUGCGCAUCUAUGCCGCACCACUAUCAACCUCCCGCCUCACUCAGGCGCAAGCCUACCCAUCCCCACCCCCAAGCGUAGACGGCGAAUACGCCAUACAGAAUACCCGCCAUGCCGAGUUCCUCCCAGACAUCAGCUCACCAAGCCCAAAGCGCAAGCGUGUAGCAACUCUCUUCGAAGUCGCAGCACAGCACCACCGCCGCGUCCGCCAGCGAGGCGGCGAAGCCGUCUCACAACUAAUGGCCCCUUCACGCCCUCUCUCCUCAUCCCAGAAUCUACAAUCAUUACGCAUAAAGCGAGAGCCAGAUGAUGAGCACCCCUCCCUUCCAUCCUUGGACCGGAUAGCGCAUGCACGCCGUUCGCGGUCCGUAUCAAUCGGCGCGAAUCUACAUCGUCCAGGUAGUGUCCGCGGCAGUCGUGCAACAGCAGAUCCGCAAAAGCGCGCACCAACCCCGAACCCGUUCCUGGAUUCUGGGUCUGGAUCUCGACCCGGUUCUCGACGUGAAACACUACAAUCCCAGCAACAGCAACCGUCGACUCUAUCAACAGAAGAAAAAGCAACCUCGACACCAGCCUCACCAUCCAAAGAUCCCGAGAAGAUAAUAUCGGAAAACAAGAACCUGAUCACACGCACUAUCUUAACAUGUAUGCGUCUCUACGGUUUCCACCGUGCGAACAGUACACGUACGGCUUCAAUGAGCAAGCCACCUAGCGGAGGCGCAGAAGCAGAAGCCGAUGGUUUAGGAACGACGCCAGCGCCUGAGUCUUUCCGUGCUGAGACGCCAGCGCCCGGUACUUCUGCUGAUGAUGAUGAAUUCAAGGCUAUGUAUCAUGCUACGUAUAAGGCUGCUGCUUUUGCGUUGAGGAGGUAUUUGAAGAUUGCGAUUCCGGGGUCGGUGGCUGGGCCUGGGCUUUUGCAGAAGGAGAAGGCUAUGACUUGUAUUGAUGAGUUGUUGAGACUGUUCUGUGAGGAUCAUUGA